GUCAUUAUCAUGCGACUGUUUUUGGCGAGCAGCCGUCAGUCGUCGGCGGGCGAAGGGCACAAAUGUUGUUACCCUGUAAGUGCCUCAGGUUGCCUCGUAACUGGAGCUUUUAAUCAGAUUUUCAGCUGAAACAGUAACACUUGUGGUAUGAGCCGGUGUCGCCAGUAACGCUUCAAUAUUGAGAACAGCCUGGAUUAAACCGGGGAAUGAGGAAAACGAGGCAAGGAGGCAACUCAGCGAAGGAGAGGCAGAUUUGUUGAACAGAUUUCAUCAGACCAACGAUUGACUUUCCUGCAGUUGUUGCCCCUGUUGCACUUCAGGUUAUCGGGCGAGUAUCACUUUUAAACCGUCAGACAGGUCUGAGCAGUUGAUCGAUUUCAAAUCAUAAUCGCAAUUUGAGACAAUGCAAUCAGCAAAUCGCAAAGGCUGCAGUUUAGGAUAUACAGUUUGCAGCGUCUGACCCAGGACUUAUUUUUUAUUAGUUAUAUUGUUGGUAUUUCAGUUGAAUCUUUAGUGGAAUUGAUUACAAAAUGUGCAGAUGCUAAUCCGGAGCCAUGAAUUACCUACAUGUUUUAAUGUCAGAGACUGUUUACAGAAAGUUCCUGUUACUCUCUGAGUGGCAUUAGUUUACUUUUUAAAAUUACUAUUACUUUAUUUAUUUAACUGAACGCAGUCACAGCUUUUGUGGUAGUUCUUCUUUCAUGUAGGCCAUUUUAUAAUGUAAUAAACACAUGUUUGGGGCUGUUUAUAUCAUUAGGUUCUCACCCUUGUUUGAGACAAGAGAGCACAUAACAUUUUGAUAUUUGAUAUGAGCUGUCACUAGGUAAUGAGCCAUCAUAUGGUUUGAAUCAGUUACAGUAUAGAUACUGAACUUAAGCUUUAAAAAAUGCUCAUGCUAAUUGCAAUAUCUGUCAGAAAAAAAUCACAAUUGGAUCUUUUCCCCAAAAUAGUUUAGUCCUGAUUUGUGGCUACUAACCUUAACAGUUGAUCUAAUAAAUGUCUCUGUAAAAAUCAAAAAUAACUUUACACCAGUGUUCCUUAAGUAAUUAAAACCAGAUAGACUGCUUUUCUCAUACAGAUGUUGUCAUAUUUUUGAAUGUCUUCUGUGUUAUCUUAGAACAGUACCUGCAUGGUCAUGGUCACGUGUGUUUGCAGUGUUUUUAUCAAAUUCUGCAGCCAUGGAUGUGGCAGAUUCCUGAUUAGAGGCGAUGACAUCGGAGGCUGCGGUCUCCACAUCUCCCAGCAUGAGCAGCACCCCCGCCAAGAGGGACUACUACUGGGUUCGCUCCUUUGUAGCUGGAGGUGUAGCAGGAUGCUGUGCCAAGACUACCAUCGCUCCACUGGACAGAGUCAAGAUUCUUCUUCAAGCCCAGAGCCCCCAUUACAAACAUCUGGGAGUGUUUUCCACCCUUAGAGCUGUGCCACAGAAAGAAGGCCUCCUUGGAUUGUACAAGGGUAAUGGGGCAAUGAUGGUCAGGAUAUUUCCUUACGGAGCCAUCCAGUUCAUGGCCUUUGACAAAUAUAAAAAGCUGCUAAGUAAACAGAUUGGAAUCUCUGGGCACAUCCACCGCCUCAUGGCAGGAUCUAUGGCAGGGAUGACUGCAGUGAUUUGCACCUACCCUCUGGAUGUGGUCCGAGCCAGGCUGGCCUUUCAGGUGAAAGGAGAUCAUCGUUACACUGGAAUUGCCAAUGCUUUCCACACCAUUUACCUUAAGGAAGGGGGCAUUUUGGGCUUCUACAGGGGACUCACCCCAACACUUAUUGGAAUGGCCCCUUAUGCAGGUCUCUCGUUCUUCACCUUUGGCACCUUGAAGAGUAUUGGCUUGAAACAUUUCCCAGAGGUGCUGGGACGUCCCUCCUCAGACAACCCUGAUGUGCUCAUUCUGAAAACUCACGUCAACCUGCUUUGCGGAGGAGCCGCCGGUACCAUCGCUCAGACAGUCUCGUACCCCUUUGAUGUAGCUAGAAGAAGAAUGCAGUUAGGUUCUGUGCUUCCCGACUCAGAGAAAUGUGUAUCACUGGUCAAGACCCUGAAGUAUGUGUAUCAGCAGUAUGGGGUCAAGAAGGGAUUGUACCGUGGCCUUUCUCUCAACUACAUCCGCUGUGUCCCCUCUCAGGCCGUGGCCUUCACCACCUAUGAGUUCAUGAAGCAGCUCCUCCACCUGAACUAGCCGCUGUUUUUCUAUCUUCCGUUGAAGCAGAUCAACCUCAAUGUUUCCUUCAGAGUGAUCUGAAGCUCACUCGCUACGUCUUAAACUCUUCUGUGUGGGAUUUGCCUUUUCCUUUGGUUCACUGAAGGCACCAGAAGAGUCAUUUAAUGCUGAAAAAGGAAAUUGGAUAUCGGACAGUAAGCCACUCCUCGUCUGUCCGGUGUCAUUCCCAUUUCCUUCAUGCUUUUUGGACUCAUCACCUUUAGUUUUUAUUCAACCACAUGACAUGUGGCUUGAAUCUCAGCAAAUCACCCAUAAAUGUUUCAAUGGACACAGUGAAGCAGCAGCACCUUUUGUCUGGCGACGUUGGUCUGAUGGUUCGUGGCAAAUAUCUGUUCUCAACGCCACAGCAACCCUUUGAAUGUGGAGAAACCCUUUAUUCAGCCAGCACAGAUGUCCACACACUCUUAUAUUUCUUCUUUUCUCUGUAUUUUAUAACCUGUGACUUUAAGAUGUUUAAAAUGAUCAAAUUAGCUCAUCAAACACCGUCAUAUUUCUAGCAUUUUUUUUUUUUUUUUACAAAGAAGGGAUUCGAGUGAUCGUCUAUCAUGUCUUCUUCUCUUUUACUGUCUUGGUGAAAUAUUUAGUUAUUGCUGAAAAAUGUCUGGGAUUGUAAAUUAUUUGAUAUUUGAAAAGUUUUGCGUUUUCAGGGCUUAGUGUGUCUUUAACUUUGCAGAAACUUUAGAAAAAACUGCCAUUCGCGCAUUUUUUGCCUUUUUUUUUUUAACACAAAUCGAUAUGACACUGUUUACCUCCACAUUUUAAAAAAAGAUGGAGCAGCCUGUGUGGCACAUGAUUUUAUUUUGAAAUAACCUCAUAUUUUUAGGCCACACCUGGAAUAUAGCAGCUGUAUGCGUUUUUUUUUCUAACGCUGUAAAAUCUUUGCUUUUGUGUUGGUUAAUGUCCACUUAGAUGUUUAGUUUGUUGGUUUGGUGGUAUUUAAUUUUGCUCAGAUGUUGGGAUAUUAUUGACAUAAUAUGGAUAUUGGUCUGACAUGUUUGCCAGAAGGGACAGGGGAGUAAUUUGCACUUCAUGACUGUAGCUUUUUCAUCCUUUAUUUAUUGAUAUACUGACCUGUUGCCACUGGGUGGCAGCAUUGGCAUAACAUUAUUUAGUUUACCAUCAGAGCUGGACACAGCAGACAAAUUGAAUCCAUAUUUUAUCAGUUGCAAGUCAGAUUCGGAUCUUUCUGUUUUUUUUCCCAUUUUGCUCAACCAAAGCAAGUGACAAUCAUGUAGGUGGUUUUCUAAAUCAGUUCAGCGAAUAUACACCGAUCAGGCAUAACAUUUUGACAAUCUGCCUAGUAUUGUGUUGAUCCCCCUUAUGUCGUCAAAAAUGUUCUGAACCACUGGGCAUGAACAAGAGGACCUCUCAGGGUGUCCUAUGGGGUAUGGUACCAGGACGCUGGCAGUGGAUCCUUUGGAUACUCUGGUUUGUGCAGUGGGGCCUCUGGGAAUCAAACUUGUUCCACAGCAUCCUGUUGAUCAGAAUGGGGUCUAGGAAGUUUGGAGGUCAAAUCAGUGUCUUGGGGGUUGUUCUGUUCCUCAAGAUGUUCCUGAUUCUUUUAUGUUUUUGGGAUGUGGUGGGGUGCAUUUUCCUGCAGGGGUAGGACAGUAACAUUUGGGAUUGCCAUUUGCAUGAGGGAGCAUUCUUGUUCUGGGACAACAUUCUGUUUUUAUUUUAAGCCUCAUCAACAUUGAUGCCAAAAUCCAAGGUUUUCCAGCAGAACACCCCAUAGUACCAAUAUAAUCAAUGUUAUUCACUUCACCUGUCAGUGGUCAUAAUGUUGUGGCUGAUCGGUGUAUUCGACGACUCACUGGAGCCACUGUAUGGCUGUUUGCAUUCACUGUCCCAGAAAGACUGAACAUCAAUUGCUGAGUGAAAAUGUUAUUUGAUUACUUUCACCACUGCGCCUCUUCAGUUUGUUGAACAAACUUCAAGUUUUACAGCCUCUUGCCGCCUUUUGCAUUUAAUGUCUUACUUCACUAGUGUGAUUGCUAUUUUUUAUUGACAGUUGUCCACACAGUAGAUGAUAUAGUUAUCUUCUAUUUAUAGUAAGAUGACUGUAUAUGAAUGGGGAAAACCGCAAAGAACAGAUGUCUUAAAACAGUGGUUUCCAACCUUUUGGGCUUGUGACCUCAUCGAAUGAGACUGUGUCUGUGUACGACUACUCUUUACAGUUUGCAUAUGUCCAUAGAGGGAGUUUUCCCUUGAUAUUACCUCAUUUGAAUAAUUGGUAGAGGCCUGAAGAAGGGGAACCAAGAGAUUUAUCAGAAAAAACAGCAAAAAUUAGUUGACUGCCUAAAUGCACAAACACAAAUUUGCACAGAACACAGCGAUUUUUCUUUUUCUUCAUCCCAUUAAAUGUAAUCCAACACUAAAUCCACUCAGAUCCCACAGGGUUUAAAGACAUGUUUUGACUUCUAAAGCAGCCAUGCUUAAGCUAAACUGUGUUGUUUGGUUGUUCUUUAAAGACGCCAUCUGGUGAAAAUCAAGAAUUUUAGCUUGUUAACGCAUCCAUAUGGUGGGUUGUAUAUGCUGGACGCCAUAUGAUGAGCGUUUCCGCCUUGUAGCAGCAGCAGCGUUCUAGUGAUCUAGUGUCUCAAAAACACAGAUUCAGACUUCCAGGGCUCCAGAUGUAACAAACUGAAGGAACCAAUCCUGUUAACAUGCAGGGAUUGGCUUUCUGGACCUUUAUUCUCAAUCAAAAUCAUCAGUUUCUGGUUCACAAAUCUGUACCUAAAUUACUACAAUGGCAAAAUUGGCUAUUGUGUGGUGCAGUUUUACAUUGUUUGUGCAGAGUUGUUGGUGAGCUGGUGUACUUGAGCUGCACUGAGCAGCAGAGAGGUGGGCGGAGAAAGAGGUCUACACAUUCUUGAGGAAGCAAUUGUGUAAAGUUACAUCUAAGUUGAGUGUCCGCAAUGAAAAACUGUUUGAUGUGAAUAUUGUCAUGUGCAAAACUCUUCCGUGGAUGUCAGCAUGCAGCUCAAAGUUAGUCUCAGAUUAGAAAGUAGUACAAUAACAGCAACAACUACACAUGUGGUGUCUUCAGCUGACCAUGUGCACGUCCACAAAGGAGUGUAAUGAAGGUUUAAGCCAUGUUAAUGAGGGAAGAGCCUAUUUUCAAGGAAGAAAGCUUCUAAAUAUUUUAAUUUGAUAUGCAAAGAUACGUUUUUAGGGGUUAAAUUAAAGCUUGAGAAAGGACUUUAAACGUCUUGUUGCCACACACGAUUUCUAAAAUUCUACAAUUUCAUUUAGCAGAUGCUUUUAUUCAAAGUGAUGUACUUCUGAGAGUAGAUUCAACACAAGCACAGAUCUAGUCAGGAGAAAACAGCCUGGAUAAGUGCAAUAAAACAAGUUCAGAUGUGAUAAUAGGACUGUGGUGUCUACAGGCUGUGCAGACAACAGAACAGAGUUUGGUAACUCGUUCCACCACCGGGGAACCACAGAGGAGAAGUGUCUUGCUAUCGACCGGCCCUCUUGUGGUGGUUGUAUUAGGCAUCUUUUGUUAGCUGAGCGUAGUGAGCGUAGACCUGAAUGAGAGCGUUCAGGGCGGAGGGAGCUGUUUUCAUUGUAAUACAACUGAUUUGAUCAGUUGCUGGGGUCCAGACCCCAAGGUUGGGAACCAUAUUGAGAUAUGCUGAAUAUUCACACAGACUACUGAGUAGUUUAAAAGCUAUUUAGAGGAAGUUAGGUGUAGAAAUGGUGUUGUUGAAUAAGACUAAAUGUGUUAUGAACAUAUAAUUCUCCCAAAUCUAAAAGUACAGCUAAAUAACACCUCUAUGUAACUUUCGAUUUUUUUUUUUUUACAGUGAAUGAAUGCAAUAUUGAACUGUUCCCACCUCCCUGGGUUUUAGAGUGUAGCUUCACACUUUGAGUGGUGACAAGUGGCAGCUACCAUUUUGAAAACAAAAUAUAGUUUUUGGCGAUCUCCUUUUAAUGCUGCCACUCAUUCAUCCUCGGUACUGCCGUGUACAUGGCUUUCAUUUACUGCUCUUCUGAUUUCCAUGUUACGUUUCAAGCACAGGAUCUAUCACUGUUGUUGCUGUUUUUCUAGUUCUACAGUUGUCUGUACAUCCAGAUCAGCGCUGUUCCAGCUGCUCACUGCAACUGAUAAAAAAUUAAUCAGAUGUUUAGAUGUAAAUGUACAUGAUUGCUAAUAUGCUGUUCUAUCUUAUCAGGUUCUGUUAGAUAUGACUGAAAGAAGACAAAUAGUUUUGAGAAUGAACAAUGAAAAUGCCUUUUUUUUGUUUUAUUAUUCUCUUUGUACCUCUUCAGUUUCAUGUUUUUUGUAAGCAGUGUCUGAAUUACAUUGCCAUCUUCUUAAAACAA